AAACGAAAAUAAAAGUUGAUAAGCAAAGUGGUGCAAUUUAUGUUUGCCGGCCAAUAUAUCAUAUGUUCUACUUUUAACAAGACUAAAGUGAAGGAAUUAGUUUACAGCAAUAAAAAAUAUAAUAUAUAGUGGAAAACUAAUCAACUCACAAAGGAAAAUGAAAGACACAAAGAACUUUCCGCCAUUAAAAAAUGACAACCUGUUGCGAGCAGCUCGUGGAGAACCCGUUGACCGAGUGCCUGUCUGGGUCAUGCGUCAGGCUGGACGUUAUUUACCCGAAUUCCAAGAGGUGCGCAAGCAACACGAUUUCUUUACCGUUUGCCGCACACCCGAAUUAGCUUGUGAGGUAACAAUGCAGCCGCUGAGGCGCUUCGAUUUGGAUGCGUCUAUUAUAUUUUCGGACAUUCUGGUGAUACCUCAAGCGCUUGGCAUGACAGUAGAAAUGCACGCGGGUGUGGGACCUGUAUUUCCUGAGCCAUUACAAACACCUGCGGACUUAGCUAAACUCACUCCGGAAGGCGCGGUGGGACGUUUGACAUAUGUGGGGGAUGCUAUUACAAUGAUGCGUCACAUGCUGGAGGGUCGUGUGCCGCUCAUCGGCUUCACUGGUGCACCCUGGACUUUGAUGGGAUACAUGAUUGAAGGGGGAGGCAGUAAAACAAUGGCUAAAUCAAAAGCUUGGCUAACAGACUAUCCCGACGAUGCGACAAAACUAUUGAGCAUGUUGACAGCUGCAAUUGUCGAUUAUUUGGAAAUGCAGGUGAAAGCUGGUGCGCAGUUAUUGCAAAUUUUCGAAUCGUCAGCAGAACAUUUAAGCAAGGAAGAUUUUAUCAAAUGGUCAGUGCCUUAUAUAAAAGAAAUUCGGGAUAAAUUAUAUGAGCGCUUAAAUCAGCAGUCGAUACCAGUUGUGCCGUUGACAAUUUUCGCUAAAGGGGCGGGCCAUUCAUUGAAAGAACAAGCCGCUUUAGGGUAUGAUGUUAUAGGCUUAGAUUGGACCGUGGAUCCAGUUGAGGCACGAAAAGAAGUUGGUCCCAAUAUCACACUUCAAGGGAAUUUGGACCCACAGGAUAUGUAUAAAACUCCCGAAGAAAUACGUGCACUAACUACAGAAAUGGUGCGAAAAUUUGGAAAAGAACGCUAUAUUGCUAAUCUGGGGCAUGGCAUUACACCGCAAACGCCUAUCGUAAGCAUGGAAACGUUAGUCGAUGCUGUGCAUAAAGCACUUUAAACAUUGUGGUGAUAUGGAACAAUACUUUAACAUUGUAAAUUUUUCUAAUAGCAACUUAUUGUCUUGCAGCAAAUAAAAGAUUCGAUUGUUAGGUUGCUAAAAUUAUAAAGAAAA